CGUCAGCCGGUGACGCGGUGUCUCUUUGUUGGCUUAGCAGCAGCGGCGACGUUUUGUUGUUAUUUUCGCUGCAGCUGAAAAACAGACUCCGGCUCGGGAUAAUUUCUGGUUUUUCGUGUAAUUGUUCCGCUAAAACCAACCUAAACAUCUAUCACAACAACACUGUAGACUUCUAGGUGUGCUUGUCACCGGUUGAUAAACCCACCUCUUAUAUAGGAAUGGACUCAGACGAGGGUUAUAACUAUGAAUACGACGACGAAGAGGAGGAAUGUAGCGAGGACAGCGCUGAAGAGGAGCCCGAGGACGACACCCUGGAGCUCGGAGAGGUGGAGCUGGUCGAUCCCGUGGUGGCCGGCGGGGAGCGGGACGAGUGCGGGGAGACCGUCGGCGGUGGAGGCGGCGGCCACGGUCCGGGCGAGGAGGAGGAGGAGGACUACCGCUUCGAGGUGCUGACCGCGGAGCAGAUCCUCCAGCAUAUGGUGGAGUGUAUCAGGGAGGUCAACGAGGUCAUACAGAAUCCUGCAACAAUAACACGCAUCCUUCUCAGUCACUUCAACUGGGAUAAAGAAAAGCUUAUGGAAAGGUAUUUUGAUGGUAAUCUGGACAAGCUUUUCUCUGAGUGUCAUGUCAUUAACCCCAGUAAGAAGCCUCGGAUCCGUCCUCCAAUCAACACUAGAUCAUCGGCACAGGACAUGCCAUGUCAGAUCUGCUAUCUGAACUUCCCCAACUCUUAUUUUACAGGCCUGGAGUGUGGACACAAGUUCUGCAUGCAGUGCUGGGGAGAUUACCUUACCACCAAAAUCAUAGAAGAAGGAAUGGGACAGACCAUUUCUUGUCCUGCUCAUAGUUGUGACAUUUUGGUUGAUGACAACACAGUCAUGCGCCUCAUAACAGAUUCAAAAGUGAAGUUGAAGUACCAGCAUUUAAUUACGAAUAGUUUUGUAGAGUGCAAUCGACUGUUAAAGUGGUGCCCUGCACCAGACUGCCAUCAUGUUGUCAAAGUCCAGUACCCAGAUGCCAAGCCAGUGAGGUGCAAGUGUGGCCGUCAGUUCUGCUUCAACUGUGGAGAGAAUUGGCAUGAUCCUGUCAAGUGUAAGUGGUUGAGAAAAUGGAUUAAGAAAUGUGAUGAUGACAGUGAAACGUCAAACUGGAUUGCAGCAAAUACUAAGGAGUGUCCAAAAUGCCAUGUGACCAUUGAGAAAGAUGGUGGCUGCAAUCACAUGGUUUGUCGGAACCAGAACUGCAAAGCUGAGUUCUGCUGGGUCUGCCUGGGUCCAUGGGAGCCCCACGGCUCAGCCUGGUACAACUGCAAUCGCUACAAUGAAGAUGAUGCGAAGGCAGCUAGAGAUGCUCAAGAGUCCAAUGCUGUGUGUGUGCAGCGCUCCAGGGCAGCCUUGCAGAGGUACCUGUUCUACUGCAACCGCUACAUGAACCACAUGCAGAGCCUGCGCUUUGAGCACAAGCUCUACGCUCAGGUCAAGCAGAAGAUGGAGGAGAUGCAGCAGCACAACAUGUCCUGGAUCGAGGUGCAGUUCCUGAAGAAGGCUGUGGAUGUGCUGUGCCAGUGCCGCUCCACGCUCAUGUUCACUUAUGUCUUUGCCUUCUACCUCAAGAAGAACAACCAGUCCAUUAUUUUUGAGAACAACCAGGCAGACUUGGAAAAUGCCACUGAGGUGCUGUCUGGCUACCUAGAGCGGGAUAUCUCCCAGGAUUCCUUGCAGGACAUCAAGCAGAAAGUACAAGAUAAGUACAGAUACUGUGAGAGCAGGCGAAGAGUGCUGCUACAGCAUGUGCAUGAAGGCUAUGAGAAGGACCUGUGGGAGUACAUUGAGGAUUGAGGACACGUCCCAAUGCAACGGACUCUUGAGUAUCUUGACAAACUAGAGCGCUGAUGCAAUUUAACAGGGCAGCACGGGCCUUCUGCCGCCUCUCCUUUGGCAAACCAACCACUUUUGCAUCAUUUUUCCUGGAUUUGUUUAACAAAAUCUUCAAAGUAAAUUAUAUUUAAAUAAAAGGUAGAGUAAUAAAAAGAAAGUGUACUACAGUAUUGUUAGAAACAGAGUGGAGUCUCGAGAAAGCAGAAAAUCCAUCUUAAACAAAUACAUCCUUUUGGCUUGUAUGGUAACACCUCCCCUGAACUAUCUUAUUUUCCUUUGUUUUUUCUUUGCUUGUGAAUCUUUUUCUGUUUUGAUUUUAACUUUUGUUUUCCCAUUAGUGUGAAAAUGUUUUCAACACAGCUUUAAUUGUCCUGGCCAUGUCUGCAAUGUGUGGUGAGAUCCUUGUCUGAGUGGCUGAAUGUUGAUAGGUUGAUUGCAAAGGGGCAAAGACAUUUCAGGGGGGAAAUAAAAAGAAGAAAAAAACAUCAAAAGAACAAAAUAGCAAGUCUGUAUUUUUCAAUUUGUAAAUAGUCCAUAUGCAUGGAAGUUAAAGAGCAAGAGUGGCACGUGUUUGCAUAAUUUUGAAAUAUUUAUUCUUUACCAAUAUUGAGAAAGGUGUACUUUUGCCAUGUAGGUUGAGUCUGUCUACUCCCUCCGUAGUGUGUGGGAGCCUGGGUGUCUUUGGCAAUAAGGCAUUCGCCCUAUCAUCCUCAGUCUCUUCAGAGCAGUGCACAAGUUACACCUUAUCAGUAACUCUAAAUGGGGACUGAUAGAAAGAAUUUUAGUUGCCAAGUAAUCAGAUAAAGGACGGAAGGAAGGAAGGAUAAAGUGCACGGCUGAGUUAGAAAACCAAGAGCAGAAAAAGUUUAACAGUUCAAAGGUAAGGUAGAUUGCACCGGCCCUGUGUCCCUCUAUUCUAACCUUUUGCCGUAUCCUCUUAGUUGUUUUUAGAGGUGUUUAACAUUUAAGAACAUUACUAAUUAUUUGCAAGAGCCAAACUGAGUGACAUUCACUCUUCUUUUUUUUCUCUCUCUCCCGACGUGGCUUGAGGUAGCCCUCUUAAAGCUCAGCUUGCACCUUGGGGAUUGAAUGAGGGUAAUAGAAUGUACCGACAGCACAGCUUUGGCGUGCUGCUAAUUGGGCUGGAUCACUGUCAAACAGGGUCAGGCAUUUGCAUCACUCUUGCAGGGAAUACUUGGGUGUCAUGGGCCUGAUGGUGCCCUGCCUCCUUGAAGAGAUCUCUUGCCUUGCAGUGACACUGAACAUAGCUUUAAACCAAGCUACGCAGAUGAACUUGCGUGAUCCUUAGGCAGAUGAAGAAUAUAGGGCAAACUUCUAAAGGUUGUAGGACUGUUUUUUAACUCCGUUAUGCUUUUGCAUUAAAAGACUGUAUUUUUUCGCACACGGGCUGAGGAUUUGACAUUGAAAUGUCAGUGCCCCUCCAGGUUUUGCAUUGUUCUAUGGGGUGGUUGCUCUGGUUGUCAAGCUCUCUGCUCGUUCAUGUCUCUGCAAUAUGGCAGUCUUAACCAGAUUGACUGGAGGGGACAUGAAUAUACAGGCACUGAUGCAAGUCAGAAGAUGACACCAAAGUGUCAGCUUUCAUUAAAACACAUCCUUUAACCCAGUUUCAGAUAUUUGGGGAAUUCUCUCCCAAAUGCUUCUUAUGUGUUCAAACUUAUUAUUUUAUCCUAGCAAAUUAUAAACUGUAUUGUUUAUUUGAAUAAAUGUCAUGAGAAAUCUCA